GGGUGAAAACAAAAGGAUUAUCCACUUGGUGAACGUGGUUUUCCCAUUUUGGCCGGAGCUAUUUUUUAUGCUGUAUCCUGGACUCAUAAUUCGUCAGUAGAGUUGACAUGGUUGCGUCCAAUUUUGUUAUGGAUUAUGCGAAGUCUCCUGCGGUGGAGAGUCGAACAUCCCCAUCGGCGAGCAGUGGUAGUCCAAUUGACAUCCUGCCGCCUUCCAUUUUAUAUUCCGUAAAGAAUGUUUGAAUAUAGAGAAACUAGUCAUUUUGUAUUAUUAAAUGAAUUGAUUAAAACAUCUCAAUUGAGCAAAACUGUUAAAGGUCAAAUGCAAAACUUCAAGGGCUUAUUGAAUUUGUUUCUCUCGGUUUCAAUGUGAAAAGCGAAGCUUCACCGGAUCAGUCAAUGGAAGACCUGCUUUGAUCUUUUGGUACACAAGGAACUACUCAGACGUGUGUGUCUGAGGUUUAUGUAUGUUGCUCUUUGGUAGCUAAACAGGAGGAAAUUAAAGAUGUCAUUGGAUAAAAUAUGACCCGCGCAAGAAGUGGAAUUUGAAAGCUAAUAGUGUUGUUGAACGGCUAAAUAAAAGGAAAGGAGAUAUGGUGAUGGCUCCAACUGUGAAAGUGGUUCUUGGCUUGAUUGCCUUUGCUAUCUUUUGGGUGUUAGCAGUUUUCCCUGCGGUUCCAUUUAUGCCCAUAGGAAGGACCGCUGGGUCCUUACUUGGGGCUAUGCUCAUGGUUCUUUUUCAAAUCUUGACACCUGAUCAAGCAUAUGCUGCCAUAGAUCUUCCCAUUCUUGGACUUCUCUUUGGGACAAUGGUAGUCAGUGUGUAUCUUGAAAAGGCAGAUAUGUUUAAGUAUCUUGGGAAAUUGCUGGCAUGGAAAAGCAAAGGAGCUAAGGAUUUGCUGUUGAGAGUCUGUUUCAUCUCAGCCUUUUCCAGUGCUCUAUUCACAAACGACACGUCUUGUGUGGUUUUGACAGAGUUUGUGCUGAAAAUUGCCAGGCAGCAAAACCUCCCACCCCACCCCUUCCUACUAGCACUGGCUUCUAGUGCAAACAUUGGGUCUGCGGUUACUCCAAUAGGGAAUCCCCAAAAUUUAGUAAUAGCAAUGAAGAGCAAGAUAUCUUUCGGCAAGUUUUUUCUCGGAAGUUUUCCUGCAAUGCUAGUGGGUAUAUCAGUCAAUGCAUUUUUAUUGUUGUGCAUGUAUUGGAAAUUAUUGUCAGUAAAGAAAGACGAAGAAGACGCUUCUGGUGGAGAAGUUGUGACAGAAGAAGAAGUUGUCUCUCACCACUUCUCCCCUGCUACUAUGUCACAUCCAAAUGUCAAUGACCACUUGAAUCAUCCUGAUACACUUAGGAACCGUGGAAGUGUGAGUGAGAGUGAGAGUGAGAUUGAUAAGAUCAACUCUGCCCGAAGCUCAAAUGCGUCGUCACUUGAUGCAUCAAAGUUACCCUCAUCGAAUCAUGUAAGUGAAGCCGAGAACUUUUCUUGUCAAGAGGAGAAAGGGAAGUCUCUGGAAGUGUGGAGAAGGGCGGUGUGGAAAGUGUGUGUUUAUCUUGUUACUGUUGGAAUGCUAAUCUCUUUGUUGAUGGGUUUGAACAUGUCUUGGUCUGCAAUUACUGCAGCACUUGUUCUUGUGGUUCUUGAUUUCAAGGAUGCACGCCCAUGCUUGGAAAAGAUAUCAUAUUCAUUGUUGAUAUUCUUUUGUGGGAUGUUCAUCACAAUCGACGGCUUUAACAGAACGGAGCUUCCAAGUGCUGUCUGGGAUUUCAUGGAGCCAUACGCCAAAAUAGAUCACGUUAGCGGAAUAGCCGUUCUUGGUGCUGUCAUACUCUUACUCUCCAAUUUAGCUUCAAAUGUACCCACAGUUUUGCUGUUAGGGGCGAGGGUGGCAGCUUCAGCAGCCGAAAUAUCUCCGGCAAACGAGAAGAAGGCUUGGCUUAUCUUGGCUUGGGUGAGCACAGUGGGUGGGAAUCUUUCGCUCUUGGGGUCUGCUGCAAACUUGAUAGUGUGCGAGCAGGCUCGUAGGGCUCAAUAUGUGGGGUACAAUUUGUCAUUCUGGAGCCAUCUCAAAUUUGGUGUUCCUUCCACUCUUAUUGUAACAGCUAUUGGCUUGACUCUAAUUACAGGUUGAUAUUUUUGUUCCCCCUCUUCCAAACUCUUGCCAGAAGAUUUAGAAUUUUUAAUAAAUAGUUAUCCCUUCACAAGUCAAGUAGCUAAAACCAUUAACUACCUCAUCCUGUAUAUAGAACACAACUCAGAAAGGGAAAAACUGCUGUACCUGGAUAUUGGUCAUUUUGAUACUUAUUUUUGUGUCUAUUUUUAAUGGAGAAGCAUAAUUUACUAUUGUACCACAAACUGAUUCUGG